AUGGACCCGUUUGAAGCCGCCAACCAAUUCGCCCAGAUUCUCAAGGGAAUAACGCCAGUGCUACAGAGUCUUGUAAGAGCUGCGCAUUUCGCGUUGAAAAAUGCGGAAAGUGAGGAUUAUCUUUUCCCUACAAUAAUGAACAUUUUCAAAGAUGAGACUGUAGAGCUCAACACCAAAUCCACAUUAUUCCAAUUUGUAGAAGUGUUAUUUAAUGAGUCAUAUUUCUUCUCGCAACAACCAAAGUACAAUUAUCCUUAUGUUCAAAAUAUGAAGGAAGCCUUGCCUCAGAUCUUGUUAUCUGUGUUGCCUAGUUCUAACAUAUCCAACAUUCACAGUGCCUAUACUAGCUUAAAACACAUCACGAAGCUCUUCAAGAUCGACUGUCUGAAUUAUAUAGACAAGUUUGAUUCAUUCUUACUCGAUGCGGAUGAUAUAGAAAAUCUCAAGAAAGAUGUUCCGUUUCCAGAAAUCGAUCUAGAUGACGAGCCAGAGACUGUAGACCCUCUCAUAACCACAUGGAACUUGCUUAUCAAGAAGAAGAAACAGAGUCAGUAUGAACGAGUGCGAUUGCUCACCAAAAGCGAAAUCUUGGACGAUGACGUGCCAGAGGACAUUCUUUUCAAUAUCAAAGAAAAGACAGACAAAGAUGUGGAUAAGCUUACCAAGAAAAAUAUCAUAUCAAGAAUGGAAGAUGAUAGAGAAGCGCACAAAAGAUCCAAAGAAACUCUUUGGCUCGUCACCAGACCCCCCAAAUCAAGCUAUAUAACAGAAGAUGAGUUCCUCAACCACUACUGGAACAAAUACCAUGCUUUGGAUGUAGAAGAAGACAAUGCUUUUCUCGAUUCCUUGGAUGAGUUGAACCAGGUCGUUGCAGAAAGUUAUAAGGAUAAACAGUUUUGA